CUUAAACCUGAUAUUUUACCUCACUAAGCCGAAUAUCUGGGUUAUAAUGCCUUACUUUUAACUGUAGAAUGGCUGCCUUGUUUUUAACUUUAUAAAUGUGUAACGUUACAAUCGAUUUGAAGUGAGGAACUAGUUUUUUUAUGGCAACGCGAGACUUCAGGAAUUAUUUUGUUGUUGGACAGACAUGGAGGCUCACGUUGCCCAUGUGAAUGAAGAGGAAAAUGAGGAUCCUGGAGCUGCUCCUUAUGGAAACUUUAUCAAUUAUUACUCCUUCAACCCGCCAGAGAAUCGCCUGAGUUUGAUACCGGAAACGCUGCUGGAAAACAUCGGACUCGGUUCUGAACGCGUAUUAAUACUGGACGUCGGAUGUAACUCAGGGGACUUGUCUGUUGCUCUGUACAAGCAUUUAUUGCAUGAUGAGGCCUCUGGAAGUGACUUUCCUCAGAGAGAAGUGUAUCUACUUGGAUUUGACCUUGACCAAGAUUUAAUUCUUCGGGCGCAAAACUCCAACCCCUUUCCCCAGAAUAUCCAGUUUAUCCCCCUGGAUAUCACAGAUGAUGCAAAGAGCCAGGCAGUGCUAGAGUCUUAUGUGGGAAAGUUUGGCUGCCUCCGAUUCCACCUGUGCACCUGUUUUGCGGUGACUAUGUGGGUGCAUCUGAAUCAUGGAGACGCAGCGUUUCUGUCUCUGCUCUCCAAACUGGCAUCUCUCUGUGAGUAUUUGCUUCUGGAGGCGCAGCCAUGGAAGUGUUACCGCUCUGCUGCGCGCCGGUUACGCAAACUUGGGCGCAGUGAUUUUGACCACUUUAAGACCCUUGAGAUUCGAGGGGACAUGGCGGCACAUGCUAGAGAGCACUUGGAAAACCAGUGCAGCAUGGAAUUGGUACAGAGUUUCGGGAAUACAACAUGGGACAGAAGUCUUCUGCUCUUUAAAAGACGAUGAUAAAGAGCAAAACCAUUGGACAGAAAAGUGUUUCUGCCUGACUGUGGACUGACACUACUCGUCUGGCAGGCUGUAAUUCUAUUUACCAACCACAAGGGAGCACUAGUGAUGUAUGCUUUGCCUUUUUUAUUUUACUUUGUUUUAAUUUUAUGGAACAGUAUAUCUAAUUGGUAUAAGACUUUUUUUUAGCCUAGCAUUAUUAUUAUUAUUAUUAUGAAGAAGAAGAAGAAGAAGAAGAAGAAGAAUGUGUUUGUCCUGUGCAACUAUUGCAGACAGAUGGACAUAGUCUUAUGGGUUUGUUUUUUUUUUUUUUUUAUUUUAUUUUUGGCACGUGAACUACACGUUUUUAUUUAAUAAACGAUA